ACUGCGCAUGUCUACAGUUCAUUCAGUCGUAACCCCAGUCGCACCUCGUCUUUCAACCAAACACAUUGUUACUGCGAUUUCGACCGGUCUACAUUGGAGCAGCGUAAACACUUACUAACGAUGCAAGAGGAGGAUGCGUAAUGGUGGCAGAGAGGUUCCAUGCCGGCACGGCAGGAUGGUGACCAUCCGGGCGUCGCUACUGUCUUUACUAGUGGUGGCCGCUAGCGGUUGCUAUUUGUUUCCUAGUGACGUAACUAACCCCUGCAUCGGGGUGACGUGCGGGCCAGGCGCCCAAUGUCGGCCGUCGGCUGACGCCCAGUCCUACACCUGCGAGUGCCCGACGUCGUGCCCCAGCUACGGGGACCACGAGGGCUCGCGGCCGCUCUGCGCCAGCGACGCCCACGACUACCCGGGCGAAUGUGAGAUGCGAAGGGCCGCCUGCGAGACUAACACAAACAUUACCUUCAAGUAUUACGGCAAAUGUGAUCCGUGCGCCGGCGUGACCUGCCCAGACCCCGAGCUGUGUCAGCUGGACGAGAACCGCGCGCCGUCCUGCCGCUGCGCAGAGCCGUGCCCGCUAGAGUUCUCCCCCGUGUGCGCGUCCGACGGCAAGACCUACUCCAACGAGUGCCAAAUGCACAGGGAGUCUUGUCGCGCUAGGAAACAAUUGAGGGUCAUCUUCAAAGGGCAGUGUAGUACCGGAGUGAACCCAUGUGCGGAAGUGGAGUGUCGGCACGGAGCCGAGUGCCGAGUAGAGGGCGCCGGCGCCGCGGUGUGCGCGUGCCCGCCGCCGUGCGAGCCGGUGCUGCGUCCCGUGUGCGGCUCCGAUGGCACGCACGACAGCGAGUGUGAGCUGCGCCGCGCGGCUUGCCUGCUCGGGAGGGAGCUGCGUGUCCUCCAUGCAGGGCCCUGUGGUUCAAACGGUAUCUGCGCGGGCCGAGUAUGCCCCCACGGCGGCGAGUGCGUCGCAUCAGGCGGCCGCGGGGUGUGCCGCUGCCCGCGCUGCUCCAACGAGUCCAACGAGUUCGCACCUGUCUGCGGCUCUGAUGGUAUCUCGUACGGCAACCGCUGCAAGCUGCAGCUCGAGGCGUGCCGGCACCGCAGGGAUGUCACCGUGCUGUACGACGGACCUUGCAAUGGAUGCGAGAACAAGAAAUGCGAGUUCUAUGCUGUAUGCGAAAGUGAUGGAAUCUCAGAAGCCAGUUGUGUCUGUCCUAAACACUGCGAGGAAGGAACAGAGACAGAGGAAGUGUGCGGCAAUGAUAAUAAGACCUACAGCAGCGUGUGUUCGCUGCGUGACGUAGCAUGCCGUGAAAAGCGGCGACUUCAUGUCAAACAUAUGGGCUCUUGUGAGUCCUGCAUAGGCGUGGAAUGUCCAAGCGGCACCUGGUGCGCGCGCGGGCAGUGCGCGUGUUCCAACCCAUGCGCCGAAGUGCCGCGCGAGCCCGUGUGCUCGAACACGCGCAGUACAUUCGUGCACGAGUGCGCUUUGCAGCGCGCUGCCUGCGAGGCGCGCAUGCGCGGCGAGCCGCCUCUGCGCGUCGCUUACUAUGGCGAGUGUGCUGAGGAGGAACACACCACGGCAGGAGAUCUCAAGCGAAAGAGAAGAGGAGAGAACGAGAACUCCAGCGAGCCGACUGGCACGGCGGUAUGCGCUCGCGUCCAGUGCGCGUAUGAAGCCACUUGCGCUGUUGACUCCAAUGGACAACCAAGAUGCGCGUGCCUAUUCGAUUGUGCGGCUGCGGCAGCCGCGGCAGCUACGUCGGCGCCUGUGUGCGCGUCCGACCUGCGGCUGUACCCCACACUGUGCCACAUGAAGCUGGAGUCGUGCCGCCGGCAGGAGGAGCUGCGGCUGCGGCCGCUGGCGCUGUGUCGCGGGCUAGAGUUCAGACCAUGUGGUGACGACGAGCCGGUGACGGACGCGGAAGGCCGGCCCGUGGACUGCGGCGGCGGCCCGCGUCGCAAAGACUGCCCUGUAGGGAGUUAUUGCCAUCACACCACUAAAGCAGCACGAUGCUGCAGAAAAGACAAAAGUCAACCCGAGAAAAAGACCUGUCAAGAAUCUUGGCACGGCUGCUGCGCCGACGGGGUGACGGCAGCGCUUGGGCCCGGCGGCAGCGGCUGUCCGUCGCAGUGCGGCUGCCACCGGCUCGGCGCCGUGGCCGAGCACUGCGACGCCGCCGGCCAGUGCGCCUGCCGGCCCGGCGUCGGCGGGCUCAAGUGCGACCGCUGCGAGCCCGGCUACUGGGGCCUGCCGAGGAUCGGCACCGGACACAUGGGCUGCAUACCUUGCGGCUGUUCAGCUUUCGGUUCCGUUCGCGAAGACUGCGAACAAAUGACGGGGCGCUGCGUGUGCAAGCCUGGCAUCCAAGGGCAGAAGUGUACGGUGUGCUCCAACCAUGAACACGCACUAGGGCCUAAUGGAUGUUUCGACCCGGAAUCGACGCAACUGCCAGCGACGAGUUGCGAGCACAUGGCUUGCUACUUCGGCGCGUACUGCGUGGUGCGCAGCGGGCUCGCGCAGUGCGAGUGCGGCGGCGGCGACUGCGGCCCCGGCGAGGCGCCCUCAGUCUGCGGUAGCGACGGCCGCACCUACCUGUCCGCUUGCCACCUCCGCACGCACGCCUGUAGGACGCAAUCCGACAUCGUCGUGCAGGCCUUCGGCCCCUGCGCCGACGACGGCGCGCAGCCGCACGUUAGGCGAGGUAAAAUGAACAGUGAUGCACCUUUGCAAACGAAUGAGGUCCAGUCCCGAUGCGUUCCGAAGCCGACGCCGAUGAUAGUCGAGGAUGUCGAAGAGGAGUUGACGAAUGAGAUCGGAGAAUAUUCGAUUUAUGAUGACUUUGAAGAUGUGGAGGAAAUAUAUAGAAUGCCCCUGUUUGAUGGUUACGCUCGGAUGAUGGCCCGAACGAGGCUGCCCGCCAAACGGUUCGAUAUCUGGGCUGAAGUCUCGGCAGUUUGUGAUGAGGGAACGCUCCUGAGUGCGGCCGGACCCAGGGACAACUUGUGGCUCGGGCUAGCUGAAAACAAAGCUGUCUUACGUUGGAACGCUGGCAGCGGACCGAUGGAGUUGCGUGCCGGGAAAGUGAGAUUUGACGGCCGGUCAAAGAUUUCUGCCAGGCGGUACAAGAAGGAUGGGAUGUUGCGGAUGGGGAAAGCGACCGCGAGAGGCUCAACGCCAGGCCGGAUGACUUCGCUGGACGUUGACCCGUUCAUCUACAUCGGUCGUCCGCCGGAGAACAUUACCAAAAGGUUGCCCGGGGCCCCAUCGCUGUCCGGGUUCGUGGGCUGCGUGCACCGGUUGCGCGUGAGCGGGCGCGACGUGAUCCCGCCGGCGCGCGGGUUGACGCUGCGCGGGCAGGGGCUGCGCGCUUGCACGCCGCGCAACCUCGCGCAGAUCGUGUGCCCCUAGUACCUGUUUUAAAACGCACUACAAAAUCCCUGUUGAAUUUACGUAUAUAGCAAAGUUUAUAUAAGGUCAAUAUAGGUAUGUGUGCUUUACCCCCCGUAUGGCUAGUGUGUAACUAAGCUAGUAUAUAAGUGUGUCAGUCCUUUUUACUCAUUGUCACAGGUGUUUUUGCGAGUUCACACUUUGGCUACUUGCUACUCAUGAUGAGUGGACACUGGACAACGUAUGAACUUUUCAUUGUUCAAACACGCCAGACACACUUCUCCGUAUGACACACUUAUCUGUAUUGACCUUACCUAUCUUGUGGGGCAGAUAUACGGGUCUGCCGUUUAACCGAGAAUGAUCCUUUCCGUUGUCUACGUUUUAAACCUAGAUUAAUUAUUUUUAACGGAGCGUUUGUCACAUUGAAACAAAAAAAUCACGCUUUUGUGAUGAAAUUAAUGGUUAACAAUUUCGUGUACCUAAUGCUCCAACGUGUUAAUAUUAGUUUUAGUGGAUAAUAAUUAUAUUUGUUAUUAAACUAUUGUUUCUGAAGGUCUCGGAGGAAAUAAACCAGAGAAAUCUUCACAUUACUCCUUUAUAUAAAAACUAGCGUGAGCCUUAAUUAAACGAAGUGUUAAUAACAUAAUGUUCGGUAAAAUAAAAUGUUAUAAACUAGGGACCGAAACAGAUAUUAUUGUGGUGCCAAAAGUGUUUUACAGAUUGGGAUUUGGCUGGACAUGGGAUGAUAAUAAUUAUAAAAUUUUCAAAAGGUACUCUAACCUUCUAUUUAAUUGGCAAUAUUAUAAUGGAGUGACUGUCAAAGUUAGCAAUAAAUGAUAGUAAUAAAAUUAAUAUCGUAUAUCACUCUUUUAAAGUGAAUUUUCAAGUUAACUAAUUCAAAUUAUGUAUUCUAACUUCUAAAUAGAUCAAUAACGAGAAAUGACGUCAUGCUCCCCGGCAGAACCACAUUGUCUUUCGGAAACAUAAACAUAUCAGAAAAUUUGGAAAAAUUCUAUACGCCUAGUUUUUAUGUAAAUCUAAUUUCAAAGUGGUUCUGCUACGAGCUUCCUCCCAGCAGAACCACCAAGAUAUUCAUCUAACUACACAUGCUAUUUACACGUAUACCACAUCAAAUAAUUAUAUAUUAAUUCUAUAUUUAUCUAGUUAACUAUAUCACUCUUUUUAUUCUGAAUACACAGAUAUACGACAUGUCAAACUAGAGGUACUAUGUAUGAAGCGCCUGCACAAGUUAUCGUAGCAAAUAAUGAGUACUAUAUCUUUGCUAAGCUUUGCAUCAAGGCGUUGUUCAGAAUAUUUAGUUUGACAUGUCAUAAAUUCGUGUAUUCAGAAUAAUCAGAGUGAUUUAGUAAACUAGAUAAAUAUAGAGUUCAUAUAGAAUUAUUUCAUGUGGUAUACGUGUAAAUAGCAUGUGGCGUUAGAAGAAUAUCUUGGUGGUUCUGCUGGGAGGAAGCUUUGUAGCAGAACCACUUUGAAACUAGGUUUACACAAAAAAACUAGGCAUAUAGAAUUUUUUCAAAUGGUCCUAGAAUUUUAUAGAUAUCUUAUAGAUAUUUUCUGAUAUGUUUAUGUUUCCGAAAGACCAUGUGGUUCUGCCGGGGAGCAUGACGUGAGAAAUGUGAUAAAGGUUAUGAAUUCAUGUAAAAUAUCAAAAUGUGUAUCACUAUUUUCUAUUACAUAUCUAAUACUGUGCAUUUGUAAUAAAGUCUCUUGUUAUAUAAAAACCA